AUGGGAGAAACGCCUCGAAGAGAAUACACGUCCGACGAAAUCUUUUACUAUGUGAACUCUGGUCAACCAGUUCCUGGUGCCGACAUCGCAGGUAUUCCCAUCGCCUAUGAGCUGGUGCGCCGCAACAGCAAGAAGGUGAUAAUGCUCGAAACGCGCGAUGCCUUGACGGGCGAGACAGUGCAGGGCUAUCGCAUCUCACAGCACAAGACUGGCGACAACAGUCACGCCAAGGGGAUCGAGAGAAUCAAGGAUGAAGUCAACCUGUCAAAGGAGCUUGGCCUUGAGGCGGAGUUCCGAGAAGGCCUCAUCAUUAAAGGAUGGGACGGCAAGAUAGAUCAGUGGAAUGCGGUCGUGUUUACUGGACUGGCCGUCUUCCAUCGAACCAAAUAUCCCCGCGGCCUUCUCCAGUGGCUCCAACAGCAGCCAGACUUUGACAUCGGGAAUCAGUCGGUCGAAAUCCAGAUCGAGUCUGGCAACACAAUCAAGUGCCAAGAUAUCGAGGCCACCUGCAUCCCACUUCAGAAGCUCAGCAUCGUAACCCAGAUGGAGUUCAUGCGCAGCUACGCCCUGGCCUUCUGUGUGCCCAAGGGUCCGUCGAGGACCGUACUGAUCGACGAGGAGGAUGAAAACGUCCCUGAAACUGAGGCAUGGGCCAAGCCGUACCUAUCCAAACGGCUUGCGUCCAUGGCCAAGUCGGCGCCACAGAAUAUUACGCAUGAUCUGCCGUCUGACAUCGGGGAUAUUGAGGACCUGGCGCUGGGGACGGGUGAGGUGAUAAAGUCAGCGCUGAGCAGUCAGGCUGCGGUGCACGAGGAUGAGGAGGGCAAGGUGGUCAGAAAGAGUACCUUGUGCCCAAAGUUUCAGGGUGUGGUGUGUUAG